UAUGUCGUGACAUUGGCUAGGUUUCUUUUCAGAGACUUCAUAACAAUGAGCUUUUUUGUUUUCUUUAACCACAUCUCUAAACAACGCCUCAUUUAUCGAUAAAACUGUGUUUCGAUCCCCAUCACAGUACACUCGCAUCAUAGCACAGUACAAGUUUCCGAAAAAAUUGUCAAGAUGCUGAUUUCAGCCUUCAUCCUCGCUUCCUUUGCAAUAACAUCAUUAGAUGGCAGCUAUUUCUAUAUCUACAAGGAUUUCCAGUCGAAGGGUGUAUGUUCCUACAAAGGAUACAUGCCAGGGGGUGGUAAACCAAAUAUUUCUCCAAUUAAACCCCCGACUGCAACUAUGCCAGCCAAUGCUCUAGCUAAGAUUGCAGGACUGGGAAGCAAAAGUGCAGCUUUGGCCAUGCACUCAUCAAAUCUGAUGAAAGCCCUUGGCAAAGGCUCUGCAUUAUUUCUCAAAAUUGCCCCAAAACUUGGCCCAGCUUUAGGAGUUUUUGGAGCAGCCCUCGGAUUUGUCACAGCCUUCACAUCACCAACACCACAGGACAUCCUAAACCAGGCAAAUAAGGCCAUUGCAAAACUGACAGCUGAAGUAAACGACCGAUUGGUAAAAAUGGAAGGCUACGUCGAUUAUAAAGUUAUCAAGUUAGAAAAGGACCUUGUUAACAGAGAGUAUAGAUCCUUAUUCAACCUCUUUGGAAACUGUGCCAAGGAAGCUACCAAAGAUCAAGUAAAUGAAUGUAUGCGAGAUGCAGAGAUGAAAGCCGCUUCAGAUGCCCCAAAGUACAUGAUUCUUGACACAAAAAUGGGUGCAUACACCGAUUCCACCAAAUUCAGAAGUUACUACGACAGUAAUCCUUCGAAAGCCCCUUCUUAUUAUGAUGUGAAGAGGAUCGAAGCAGGAAUAAUUUCUUUUCGUGAUUAUGCCACCUUGCAUUUGUUAAUGAUUAGCACAUUGCUUGACACUUACAAAUCGGACGCUACCCUUCCCAAUGCAGCUUACUAUGUGACACGUUACACUAGGGAGCAAGCUUCAGCAGCUGCCAAAUACGCAGGAUAUGCUGAUUGGGCUUACAAGUGGAUUCUUUCUCGAAAUUUUGGCGAAAACCGAAGUAACCAAUUUAAAAAAUCAUGCCAAAAUGCCAAAGAAUUAAAGGAAGGGUGGUUUGUUCCAGUACGCACUGCCUAUUACUCGCAUUGUUCCAUUCAAUGCACUGGAAUGAAUACACCAGCAAACUGUGAUUACAGAGUUUUGAUUCGUGCUGAUGGAAAACGACCCAGUUCUUACUUCAGUUAUUACAAUUCAGCCUGCGGAAGCUGUUUCUCGUCAGUUGCUGUGCAAUAUGGUCUAUCUGUAAAGGGGUCGCAAAUUUGCGCUCCUUUCUUGGCUUCUUUGAAUAAAGACAUCAAAACCUACUACGAUAAAACAUUGGUGUAUUCGGUAAACAUUUGGAAAGAGAUUGCGGCAAAAGCAAAGGCAGCCCAAGGUGACGAGCCUCUGAGCAAUACUCACGAUGCAGGAAAGUAUGAUUACAGCGAAAAAUUCAGUGUUCGUUUAAGGAUCGCAAGAGACCAAGCCAAAGAUCAGUAUAUGGAUAGCAUCAGAUAUGAAGAGAAGCAGAAUGACAGACAGGAUGAAGAAAGAGAUGAGGCCAGCAGGCAUGAAGCUGAAGAUGAUCUUGAAGAUGACGAAGAUGAAGUUUAUGACUACGAAGAAUAGUCUUUACUUUUAUACAGUCAGGGAGAUUAGACUCAAAACUAGAGCACUAUAUACGAUUUUUAGUCUGGAUAUUGAUAUCUUUUUCAAUGGAAUUUUUGUAAUCUCAGCAUUUUAAAGAUCA